AUGCGGCUGCGGCUGAGCUGGGUGUGGCUGCUGAGCUGCCUGGCCGGGGCGGGCCGCGGCCGCUUCGAGGGCCCGCUGCAGCCGGAGAUGUCCAACGGGACGCUGCACCACUACUUCGUGCCCGACGGCGACUACGAGGAGAACGACGACCCGGAGCGGUGCCAGCUGCUCUUCCGGGUGAGCGGGGGCCCGCGCUGCGCGGCGGGGCGGCCGGCCGGCCCCGGCCUGAGCCUGCGGGAGGAGCUGACCCUGCUGGGGCGGCAGGUGGAGGACGCGGCGCGGGCGCUGGACGGCCUCCGCCGCAGCAUCUCCUACGACCUGGACGGCGAGGAGAGCUACGGCCGCUACCUGCGCCGCGAGGCCACGCAGCUGGGCGACGCCUACGCCAGCUCGGACCAGGCGCUGGGCGAGCUGGAGGGCAAGUUCCGGCAGGGGCAGGAGGCCGAGGGGGGCCGCCCGGGGGGCCACUUCCUGGGCAUGCUGGGGCGCGCGCGCGGCCUCCUCCGCGAGACCCUGGCCCUCGCGGCCGGCCUGCGGGAGCAGCACGAGCUGCUGGCGCUCGCCGUGCGCAGCCACGGCACGCGCCUCGGCCGCCUCCGGGCCCAGUACCUGCAGGGCUGA